AUGGGUAAGAGAGUUGUUAAUCCAUUCAUGGACUCGAUUGGAAAAAGAAUGUCAGGUUUUCAACCGUACCUCGCACUUCAGAAAAGGUUUGUGGUUUUUCACUACACUUACAAUCACACGAAUGAAGAAACUAUAAUCAUCUUGCCAUACGUGGUUUCUUCAUGUGGGAAGUACACACGACUUGUUGAUUCGACAGAUUUUGUUCUUCAUUUGUAA